UUCACGUGACCUAGCUAAUCCUCGCUCUUGUUUACGGAGUUCUGUGGACUAAGAGACCAUGGAGCGAACCACGUUGGUAGAGUUAGUUUUCCUCAACCGAAACAAAUGUACCGUUAUAUGGUUUAGCGUUAGUUACGUUACUGUUAGCUAAUGUUGCAGUCCGACAUGUUUGAGCUAAGCUUGUUUACGGUUAGUCAGAGAUUUUGGAUGGUUGGUUGAGAAUGAGCCGUCACCUGAGCUUGAUCAUUAAUGCCCCUAAAAUAAUCCGGACCAUGUGGAAGGCCGUGUUCCCUCUUAAAUUAGAAACCACACCUAUUCUGCUGUGCAUCUCGUCUUUCCAGGGGGACAGCAAUUGCAAUGGGACGCACAGCAACAAAAAGGCGUUACUGUCAGAUCCUCAGCUGUUUGAAGCCCAGUUUGAUGAGCUGGUGACGGAGCUUUCAGUGAGGGACUUCGCCGACCCUGCGCUGGCUGAUGCUCUGGCCAGGUUGAGAGAGGUUUUGGUGUACAAUUCCCCUGGAGGCAAGAGGAACCGAGGCCUGUCUGUGAUUGGAACCCUAAGAGAGCUUCUCCCACCAGCGCAGCUCACACAGGACACAGUGCAGCGGGCCCUGUUGGUUGGCUGGUGCAUUGAGUUGCUUCAGGCCUUUUUCCUGGUGGCAGAUGAUAUCAUGGAUGGAUCUGUGACCCGGAGAGGACAGCCCUGCUGGUACAAAAAGGAUGGCAUAGGUCUGGAUGCGAUCAACGAUUCAUUUCUCUUAGAAGGGUCAAUCUAUAGACUGCUUCGGAGACAUUGCAGGGAUCAGCCCUACUACGUUCGCCUACUAGAGCUAUUUACUGAGGUAACUUUCCAGACCGAGCUCGGCCAAGCUCUGGACCUCAUGACGGCUCCCCCUGGUCAGGUUGACCUCAACAGAUUCACCAUUGAGAGAUACAAAGCUAUUGUGAAAUACAAGACAGCCUUUUACUCUUUUUAUCUCCCAGUGGCAGCUGCAAUGUACAUUGCAGGGAUUGAGAGUGAAGUGGAGCACAAUAAUGCCAAAAACAUCUUACUGGAGAUGGGAGAGUUCUUUCAAAUACAGGAUGACUACUUAGACUGUUAUGGAGACCCUGCUGUGACAGGAAAGAUUGGUACAGACAUCCAGGAUAACAAAUGCAGCUGGCUGGUGGUGACAGCCCUGGAAACCAUGACCCCUGAACAGCGAGCAGAGCUGGAGACGUCCUACUAGAACUGCUCGCUAGUACAUUAGCACAACAUCAUUUCAUCUUCUCCUCAGGGAUGUUACGGGCGCCACGAUGAUGCCUGUGUGGAAAAGGUCAAAGCACUGUACAACACCCUGCAAAUGCCAACACUGUACCACAAAUAUGAGGAAGAGAGCUACAAGCGGCUACAGAAACUCAUCGCUUGUCACGCUCAAAACCUUCCGCACUCAGUCUUCCUCAACUUCGCCGAGAAAAUCUACAAGAGGAUCAAAUGAGAGGGAAAGGUGGUCAUGAACCGCGUCAGGUGCAUCAUUGGGUUCUCUUUUGACUUUUAUCAUGCUGCACAGAUCAACUCCUUUUGUUUCUCCACUGCCAACAUCAUGAUCUGAACAGCACAUAGAAAUCAGUUUCUUAACUUGGUUUGUGGAUGUUUGGUUGUGAAUGUCAUCAAACAGCCUAACUCUUUUGCUCCAUAAUACCUAUUUAUUGAACCCAGUACAUAAUGUAGAGUGUCUUCUGGUGUUUCUCCUCAGAAGAAUCCCAUGGAUAAAAGGACACUGAAAUGAAUCACACAUCGUCUAGCAGCAAGAUAAAGUAUAAAGUCUGUACUGGCCUGAAUGUUAUUGCUUUUAAUAAAUAAUGUAUAAACAGUG